AGACGAAGACCGAAUCAGUCUUGUCUUAAUCGGUGUCGUGAACGAACGUCUCUAGAAGUAGGUGUCGUGAUUUGGAGAUCUCUCGCUGAAACUAAUUCCAGAAGUAUUCUGACGUCGUUUGAGGAAUCCAGAAUCUGGUGCUGAUUUUAGGGAUACUUUUACUUGGGUUUAUUUUUUCAAAGAAGUUUUGAAACAGUUUAAUUCUAAAAACUCGAGGAAAUAUAUUAAGAAAUUUGUGUUCUAAUGACAUUUUAAAGGUUAUUUUUAAUUUUUAUUAAAAAAUUGAAACCUUCGAGACAUUUUAUUUUAAACUGAUAAUUGUUCAAGAGUCGUUUUCAUGUAUCUUCGAGGAUUUCAUCAUUGGCUGCUAAUAGCUAUAGCUGUUAUGUUAAUGCCAGGAUUAACGCACUCCAAAAGCGCGGAAUAUCCCUGCCCGGAUGCUGUUGCUAUUCAGUGGGUUCGAGAUCCAGCAGAAUGUUCCAAAUAUUUCAUCUGCCAUUUUGGAAAACCCCUGACCAUGCCUGGAUGUCCUAUGGGUCAAGUUUGGGGAAAUGAUGCCAGAAAUUGUGUUCCGGAAGGUUCUAGAUGGGACGACUGUUCGGUUAACAGAAUCCCGUUACCGAAAAAAUGGAACCCAAAAUUAAAACACGAAAAUGAAAUCGACGAUUUAUUAAUUGCAGUAGAUACGAAAAAAAGCAUGACGGUCUCAUUAAAAACAACCACGGUCCCUACCAAACCACUUACGACCAAACCUAAACGCAACGAACAUCUGAAAAAGUCAAAAUCUCCGUACGUUCGUUUCACGACAACAACUAUGGACAGUUUAAAGGUAAAUCUAACGGAACCGAACGGAAAGCGGCAUGACGAGAAAGCGUCUAAAAAAUGGAUGAAAGUGCAAGAAACAAAAUACAGCACACGACCUACGGAAUUAACGAGAACGAGAACGACAACAGUAACGACCUUACCUACUAGCUCUACACAUAAUUAUCAUGCAGGGACAACAUCCAACAGCAUCAAUAGAAAUUUAGGAGAUGAAGACAUUAAAUUUGACCAAGGUAGUGUUUGCUGGGGAAAUGAGGGUCUUCUACUGCCCCAUGAGAUUAAUUGUCAUUGGUAUUACAACUGUAGCUCGGUAAACACCGUCGACUAUAUUUACGAUGAGCCGUAUGUUAUGGAAUGCAGGUACCCACAACUGUUUGAUAUCGUCACGAAUCGAUGCCGAGAGUUUAUCAACGUUCAUUGUGGUAAUAGAUUUGAAGCCGUUGAUAGAUGUGAAUAUACUGUCAAUCAAUGUACGACGUCAGACUGUGUUCCUUGUGAGUUUGUUUAUGGAACAUGUCGUGGCAAAGAGAAUGGUAUUUAUCCCUUACACAGUGACCGAUGGUCCCCUACCUUUGUAACAUGCUACAGCCAAAGAAGCAUUGCUCAAGACGAUUGCCAAGAACCAUCUCCUAUAUUCUCAACGGAAGCCUUCGACUGUGUCUCUAUCUACGAGGUGCCUAAACAAUAUGGCGGAUUGAGACCUGAAUGUUACUUCCGGCCGGAUGGCUAUUAUCCAGAUGAACAAAGUCGCUGCGGGAUGUUCUUUGAAUGCAAAGAUCAAGCUUUUGUUGGUUAUGAUAAAUGUCCGUCAGGUUUAGUCUUUGAUCCACUGACUUUAAAAUGCGAAUCUGCUGAAAAUUCGAUACCACCAUGCGGUUCUGGAAUGGAACCCCAAUGCUUUGACAGAGAAGAUGGCUUCCACGCUGAUCCAUACGGAAGAUGUGGUUUUUACUUUGAAUGUAGACGAAGAUCAUUUGUUCAGUAUCAUACGUGUGAUUAUGGAUCAUUUGAUCCCUAUACAGAAGAAUGUGUCAUCAGUACAGAACUUUUACCUCGACCAUGCGGACUUCUUCAUAACCCCUGUGAGGGCAAGAGUUCGGGAUUCCAUGCGGACACUGAAAAUGGGUGUAGGAACUAUUACGAAUGUGGUCGAGGGGUUUUGAUCCGAAAUGACACUUGUCCACAUGGCUCUGUUUUCAAUCAACUCAUUGGACGAUGUGACAGAAGAGAGAAUGUUGAAGCACCUUGUGGAGAAGCACCAACUUGUCAGCACAAAUCCAAUGGAAAAUAUGCAGCGCAAUCAAAAGGGUGUAGUUAUUAUUAUGAAUGUUAUAAUCAAGCGUUCCAAGGAUACAAACAAUGUUCUUUCUCUAAAGGUGGAUUCUUUUUUAACAACGUAACGAAUCGAUGUGAUUACCCCCAGAACAUUUGUCCUCCUUGUGGUUACCGAUGGUGGGGCUGUUCCUCAAGUAAUGUUUAAUGUGGGCGAAGGGAUUGACUAACUUUUAACUAUCAGUAGCUGUUAGGCUUGUUGGUAUGGGUAGAAACUCACCUCUGCUCAAAAUAAGAUGGACAAAGAGGGGAAAAAUGUGGUAAUUAUAUGACGAUUGUAGGAGAUAAAUACUUCUCCUUUGUGAUCAAGAACUGCAGAGAGAUUACAAACAUGAUUCGGCAGGAAAAAUUAAGCACGGCUAGGUUGAUAUUUUUUUUAAAAUAUAGAUGUGUCACAAUUUACUUUUAUUUUUUUAAAAGAUACUAUCAAAUUUCAUUUUGUGAAAGAAAAACUGUAUUUUUAAUGAAACGAACAGAUCAAAUGUAUACGCAAAAUGCCUCGAUUUUGUACAAAAUGUCGACGACGAAGGUAAAGUAGAUAAAUUUGAUUAUUGGGCAAAAGUGGCUUUAGAUAUAGGAUCAGUUUAAGACAAAUAAGGACAAAUACCGAAGGUAUUUUAUCAGGUAACCAAAGUAGUCUCCUUUGCUUUAAAUGCUACCCUAUUGGUGAAUUUAUUCCUUCCUCUAUAGCUUUUUAUAUUGUACAGCAUUGAACGAUAAAUUUCUGUAUACGUCUAUAGCUUUAUGUUUAGAUUGUCCAGUCCAUUGACAGAAUGACAUUGAACUAUAAAUUUCUGUAUACGUCUAGCUUUAUGUUUAGAUUGUCCAGUCCAUUGUUUAAUAUCUAUGACAAUAUUUAACGUGAUCGGGAAUAAACAGAUCUCAAGACAAUUUCAUCAAUUGCAAAUGGCGUCGAAUAAACGUGAAUUGCGACAUUAUACUGAUACAUUUCAUACGUGCUUCGAUGUCGACAUCAAUGACGUGAAAUAGUAUGUCGGAAUGGCUUAGCGGCACGAUGUGUUUUUUUUAAAAUAGUUUUUGCCUUGAUCUCUUACCCUGUCUUGAAUGCGAUAUCUUCAUUGAAUUACUCAAGUAAAUUGAACGAGUUAGCAUCCGUCGUACAUGUAAAUCUAAAGACUUAUCCAAAGUGCAUAACGAGUGAUAGUCGUGGAACGAUAUGAUAUGCGAAUUCACCCAUGUAAUUCUUUUCACUUAGAUCUCUCAUGGAUCUUAUAAUACAUUGUAUUAUAAGGUACCUGCAUCUCUUCGUCGAAUUCUUGAAGUAGAUUGAACGAUUUAGCAUCUGUGGUAAAUUUAAAGAUCUAGUCAAAGUGUAGCACGAGUGGAACGAAGGGUACAGUGACCCGUAGAGAACUCGACAUAGAAUAUUACCCGUUAUUAAUUGCGCGUUCGAUUUAAAUUAACUUUUUCAUGUCUAUGUUCAUCUUCUAUGAGAUCAUUAUUCAUGAAUUAUUUACGUGUCGAUUUUAAUAAUGACCGCGUGUGGCCUACUAGAAGGUAUAUAGUUUAUCAUAUUAUUUAACUCGAGCUUCAAGCUAUUUAUUCAAUAAUCCCUUUAUUCGAAUUCAACGAUUUAAAUUGAUCAAUACAAACUUCAUACCACUGUUUUUGCUUCCAACUUACAUAAUAUCUGAUAGAUUCUUGAAUUGCUUAAUAUCCAUGCUCGUGCUCGAAUUAUUCAACUUAAACAAAAUCCAAUCGUACAAAAACGCGCCAUAGAAAAAUGUGUGAUAAAGUUUAGUUGGUGCGGACAUUAUUUUAGUUUUUCUACGAUUUUUACCUAGUGUCGCUCGAAAUUCGUGAGGCGGUGACUUAGAAAAGGACAGUACUUUAUUUAUUGUAUAUUUUGUAAAUUGAAUUAUAUAUUAUUUCCUUUAAUGCAUAAAUAUGUAAAAAGACACUUUGUAUAUACUUUAUAAUAAUCUAUAAUCGCGGUGUUCAAUUUUGAUCUCUAAACUUUUUGUUAUGUUCUAUUAUAUAAUUCUAUUUAUUGUAUAAACAUUGUAUUUAAUGUAUAUUAAAAUUCUGAUUGUAUAUUACAAAUAAAUUUGAAUAAUCUA